GUAUGCACUUCGCCCACAAAUAUCGCAGUAUAAUUUUAGCAAUCGAAGGUGAAGUAUCCAUCUAAACAAGAUGAAGUAUACUAUAACAAAUUUUCAAGACCUCUUGGACGAAACUCUAGGAAAAUCCAAGGAGCUCACAAACUACGAAAUCAAAAAUCUAACUGCACCUGGGGAAAACUAUGGUAGUCUCAUGUUGGCAGUUAAAGUAGAUUUACGAGAAAAAGCCACUGGUAAGGAAGAAACCUUACACUUGAUAGCUAAAACAGCACCAACCAGUGAAUUCAUCCAACAAAUGUUCCAAUCCAGGUUUUCCUUUAAAAAGGAAUUGGAAUUUUACAGAACGAUCGUACCAACGUUGAGACAAUUUCAAAAAAGUCAAGGUGUAACAAAAACUAUUGAUUUUGUUGCUGAGUUCUUUGGUGGAAGGACAAGCAUAAAUCCACAACUACAAUUCGAUAAUGAUGCUAUAAUACUAUUAGAAAACCUAAAAAUAUCUGGAUAUGAAAUCGGAGACAGGUUUGUGGGUCUCAACUACGAAUGCACCAAACUAGUACUGGAAGAUUUGGCAGUGCUUCAUGCAGUACCUGUUGCCUUGAAGCUUAAACAACCGUCUGUAUUUAAAGACAACGUAUUGCCCUAUCUUAAAAAUGCUAGUUUUUUUACAGGCUUGGGACCAGGACCAAUUAAAGCCAUGGUAAAUGACGCAGCUGAUCUUCUGAGACAAACUGAGGAAUUCAAAGUACAGGCUGAAUUGCUGGAGGAAGUUUUUAAUCGUGGGGAAGCUUACAGAAUAAAUCCUGUUGCACCGAAAGAACCUUUUGCAACCAUCGCACAUUCCGAUUUUUGGGUCAACAAUACCAUGUUACUUUUGAAAGAUGGUAAACCCAUUAAAAAUAAAAUGGUGGACUUCCAACUAACUGAAUACAACUCACCAGCUAAAGAUUUCAUAUUUUUCAUGUUUAUCAGUGUGCAAAAUCAGAUAAUAAUCGACCACUAUGAUGAACUAUUUCAAUUUUACUACGACACCUACAUUGACACUCUUAAGAAACACAACGUGGACAUUUCAAAAUUUAGCCUGAAUGAGUUUUUGGCAGACAUGGACACGGCAGCAAAGCAAGACACAGUUCUUCAAUGUAUAGUGAUGUUGCGACCUAUAUUCGCACCAAAAGGAGUCCAUUUGAACUUCGAAAUAAUGGACGAAAACACCAAGUUACCUGAACCGACAGAAACACACAAGGAAAAAUUGUAUUUUUUGAUUAGGGAAUUAACCAAAAGGAAUUGGUUGUGAAAUGUUUAUGUUUUAUAUUGUAUUAAUUAGUCGUUUUAUUAUUGUAAUUGUGUAACACAAUUUUUGUAAUAAUAAUGUGCAAUGUCAAAUUCUGAGUAUUGUGAACAAUUUUUAGUUUGUUUAUAAAACGAUGUUUUGAUAUGAAAAAUAAAUAUUUAAUAAGUGGUUUA